AUGUUUAAGGUUAGGGUGGGGUUGGGUGAACGAAGGACAAAGGAGGUGAGAGUGGUUAGAGGGGGUAGUGGUGGAAGUUACCAUUCAACUGCUUAUGAGUGUACGGAAUUGGAUGGAUGGGUUGGAUUUAUUUGGGAAGAGAUGAGGAGGAGGAGGAAGUUUCUUUGA